UGCUCCUUAUAAGGUGGUUUUUUUAGUAGGUUUUGUUUUCAGGCCAAUUGGUGCAUUCAGAUCAAGGAACGUUAGAGACUCCAGGCCUUGAAGACUUGUGUUCCAUUACCUGUAUAUUCUGAUCUUUUUCUUUGGAUGUGUCAGUAUUAAUCCCAGCCUGUUAACAGGCUUGUCUCAGCCUUUUGGAUAACUCUGCCAGAUGCAACUUUCUUCCCAGACUGAACUGAGCUGCAUAGGCAACAUGCACAACAGCACUGCUGAAACUCCACUUAUGGCUGAAAUGUGGAAUGAGACUCGGUCCACACAGUCACCGAGCUCCGAGUUUUCCCUGGGCGUGUUGGUGCUGCUGGCUUUCCUCAUGGUGUUGCUCGCUUUGGUGACCAUCCUUGGAAAUGCCCUGGUGAUCCUGGCUUUCAUCAUGGACAGAAACCUCAGGCAUCAGAGUAACUAUUACUUUCUCAAUCUUGCUAUUUCUGACUUUGCAGUAGGUGUGUUCUGUAUUCCUUUGUAUAUCCCUUAUGCCCUGACAGGGACGUGGCACUUGGGAAGAGGCCUGUGCAAGACCUGGCUAGUUAUGGACUAUCUCCUGUGCUCAGCUUCAGUGUUUAACAUCGUUCUUAUCAGCUACGACCGUUUCCUGUCAGUUACAAAAGCUGUAUCUUACAGAGCCCAGCAGGGAAUAACAUCCAACCCUGUCAUCAAGAUGGUGGCCAUCUGGGUCUUUGCCUUUCUCCUCUACUGCCCAGCAAUCCUCUUCUGGGAGCCCGUGGCUGGACACAGCGUGGUACCAGCGGACCAGUGCUAUGCCGAGUUCUUCAGCAACUGGCUCUUCCUCCUGUGUGCGUCCACCCUGGAGUUCUUUGUGCCGCUGCUGUUGGUGACCUACUUCAACGUGCACAUCUUCCACAGCAUCCAGAGGCGCCAGCGGGGUGGCAGCAUCCAGAGCUGUGAGCAUUCAAGGACCAGUAGCCUGUCCUGGAGAUCCUGCCUUGUGCCAAGUCCAGGAGCAUCUUCUCCUCCAUCAGAAGCAGAGGACAGUAUUUCUUCAUUAACAAGGCCAUGGAGACCAGCAGUGGAGACUAACUGUUCAUCUCCAACACAAACCAGCUCCACAGCUCUAAAAAAGGAUGUUUCUGUUUCUUUCUGCUCAAGGUCUGGGUCAAAACUGCAGCAGGACAAGAGAAUAGCAAAGUCACUUGCUAUAAUUGUGUGUGUGUUUGCCAUUUGCUGGGCCCCAUACACUUUACUAAUGAUCAUUCGUGGGGCCUGCCAAAGAGAGUGCAUCCAUAAGUCCCUGUAUGAAAUAACCUUUUGGCUUUUGUGGCUCAAUUCUUCUCUGAAUCCAUUUCUCUACCCUCUCUGUCAUAUGAGAUUUCGAAUGGCUUUCAUGAAAAUACUAUGUCCCCAAAAGUCUGCAACACUGAGAUCACCUAAGACACCUUCUUUUUAGAAAGUUAAAGUAAAUGUCUUACAGAUAAUGUUCCUCUCUUAUAUAGUACUAUUUUCUCAUAUGUAUCUUAAGCAGAAGUAGCAAACAAACUUUGUUUACUAAUGGCAUUGGUGAAGAGUGAGACAGAGGUAUGCAUUUGCCUUGAUUCUGCUAGUUUUCAGGCUAUCAUUUUUUUUUUUUUUUGAUGGUAUUAAGCCAGGUUAAACACCAUCCAGUGCAUUGAAAAGAAUAACACUUUUUGCUGGAUAUCCUUUGUGGUUUGUGGGUUUGAGGUACUUUUUGCUUUUAAUUUUUGUUGUUUUCAUUUCUUUUUAAUAUAGAGCUGGUACUAUGAAAGAAUCAUCUAUUGAUAACUCCAUAGAGGUUCAUUGGAAGGAGAUACCUGUUUGUGUGCGUGUUGAAUUAAAAUUUAUGCCCUAUUUGUGAACCCAAAGCUCUCAGUGAAGAAGCAGUUCUGCUACAUUUUUGGAAGGUUGUAUAAAUACUCAAGGGAGCAGUAAAAUUUUGGUUUAAAAACUAUUACAAAGACAAGAUUGUGCCCUGUAGUCAUUAU